GACAAUGACACGGGUAAAUGUUGGACAGGCUGGAGUCUCAGCCUUUUCUGUCUGGGCUGACGUGCUAAUAGCGACGGGCGUGUCUUAGUGCUUACUAGAUGUCUGGGUCGGAGUACUAACACCUGCUAGCGGAGCUUCAUUCAUCCAUAAGGCUGCGGGGUGCUCGGGAAUAUAAAGCGCAGUCAUGUCUCCAGGCUGCCAAUUCUUUUCUCAUUCAACAGUAUCUCACCAAGCGCUAAUAACAGCACAUUUUCAAUGGCAUCUCCUUUCCAAUCCCCGUUCCCUCUCCCUGGAGUCGAGCACGGCCAGCGCAUCCUCACAUCCGUAAUCGAAGCCAGAGCCAAAGCAAACAACACCCCAGCAUGGGUUUCCGUUCCGAUCAAUGAUCAGGACCUGUCACAGGGAUUUCGCGACAUCAGCUUCAAGGAGCUGAACAACGCGGCCAACCAUGCAGCACACUGGUUGAAGCAGAACCUGCCUCCGACGUCUGAGCCAUUCCAGUGUUUCGCCUAUGCUGGACCGAAGGAUCUUCGAUACCAGAUUCUGGCGGUGGCAGCGGCGAAGGUGCAGAAGGUGAUGGUCCUGCCCUCGCCGCUAGUCACGGCGGAAGCUCAGCUGCACAUUCUCGAGAAGAAAGGAUGCACCGUCUACUUGAGACCGUCGUCAAUGGAAGCGCCUGUUGCAGAGAUCUUAAAAGCAGCUCCACAUGUCCAAACAGUCACGGUGCCAGACAUCGAAGCCUUCAUGCAAGAGGCAGAAGCAGAACCAGUCAACUACAGCAAGACAUUCGAGGAAGGCAAAGCUGAUCCAUGGCUAGUAUUCCACACAUCAGGCACAACAGGGAACCCCAAACCAGUAACCUAUACGCACGAAAUGAUGGCCGGAGCCGACAUUGUCGCCUCACUCCCAGACAUCGGCGAGACCCAAAUCCACCACUACGCCCAGCGCCGCUGCUACACCCCACUCCCAUCCCUCCACUUCGUAGGCAUGACCCUCUCCCUCUGCAUGACGACCUUCAUCCACAUGACCGCCGUAAUCGGCCCACCAACGCCACCGACUCCCUCAACCAUAAUCUCCCUCCUCCAGCACGGCAACAUCACCACAGCCAUGUUCCCCCCGUCCCUAAUCGACGCCCUAACCCUCACCCCAGAGGGCCUCUCCGCCCUCCGCUCCCUCCACUACAUCCACUACGCGGGCGCCCCCUUAUCCCGCAAAACCGCCCCCCUACUACUCCCCCACGUCCCCGUGAUCCCGGGAGUCGGCAGCACCGAAUCGGGCGGGUACUUCACAGAACUGCACCCCUACCAGAGCGACGCAUGGGACUACCUGACCUUCAACAAGCAGCACACAGGGGUAGUAUUCGAACCACGCGGCUACGACUCAACCACAACCACCUCAUCCCAACUGCACGAACUCGUCUUCAUCCGCUCGCCUACCUGCGCCCUCCAACCCAUCUUCAAACUGUACCCGGACCUCACACGCUUCGAAACGAAGGAUCUAUGGCAAGAGCACCCGAUCCACAAGGGACUAUGGAAGAUUAUCGGACGGGUCGAUGACUACGUGUACUUGUCGCACGGGGACGGGGUGAAUGCUGCGCUGUUGGAGCAGGAGAUUGUGGCGCAUCCGCGGGUCAAGAAUGCGUUGAUUGGGGGACAUGGAAGGGAUAGACCGGUGUUGGUGGUUGAGGCGGUGGAGGGGGUGGAUGUAAAGGAUGAAGGGAAGAGGAGGGAGUGGGUGGAGUCGUUGAGGCCGUAUAUUGAGAGGGUUAAUGGACGGUGUCAUGAGUGUGUGCGGUUAGGGAUGGAGAGGGUGGUUGUGGCGAGCAGGGAGAAGCCGUUUGUGUUGACGGGGAAGGGCAGUGUCGCGCGAUGGAGGACGUUGGAGUUGUAUGAGGGGGAGAUUGGGGAGGUUUGUGCGUAGGGUUGAUUAGUAUAUAGUAGAUUGGUAGUUGUGGGGGGUGGAUGUUUGAAAAAGGUAUAUUGAAAGUACUGUAUGGAUAGGCGGGUUUGUUCUCCGCUGAUAUAGAUCUACUGAAGUAAAUAUAGAUUGCAGCUGUGCGGGAAUUGAUAGCAUUCCUAGUAUUUCGAUUAUAUACACCCAACUCCUGAAAAUCUGGCCAAUGCAAUCGAUCAAUUCCUUUGUUACAGUAGACCAACCCCGUUACUUUUUUCACAUAUACACAUCAAUUCAAUCCAGCAGAAUCAUGUCCCAUCUUCGCCAAACAAAUCAAUGGGUAUCUAGAUAUCCGUCAACCAAGCCGUCCCAAAACUCAAUACAAGCACGCCAAGACAAUCCACAACUCCAAACGCGCUAUACAUAAACUAACUCUCAAAUCAAUCAACAAUACGCACCCGCACGCCGUCCAUCCCCAUCGACGACGUCAACUGAUC